UGCAUGUUUCCAACGAGCCCUCCGAUUUUUCAAAGAUUGGCCUUUCGAAGGCCAAUGAACCAGACUCGUCAACCAGCAGAUAAACAAUUCCUGGCGGGUGGCUGGUGCGGAUGGAAUUAUUCCAUCGCGUUUCUUGGAUUUGGCUCCGGAAUUUGAAGUGAUCGAGGAUCGCUUAUCCCCUUUGGACUCCCAUCUCAAUCCCAUCGCCCCUUCCGUUGCUUGCUCGGAAACCCCCACGAUCCCGGCGAUCCUUUUGGCCCCCGAUUCGGCCAAGAUCCAAUUUUUGCCGGAUUGGUGCUCGGAGCGGUCAAAGCGGGAGCAAGAUUGGACUUUGAUUAGCCAUUUCUGUUAUUUGCGGGAAGGAAGGAAGGAAGGAAGAAAGUCGGAGAUCGAGUUUUCCCUUGUACGGCGAAGGCCGUAGGGUCUAAACCUCCAGGACAACUGCUCAAAUAGGACAAAGCUAUACGGUGGUUAAAAUCGCGGGUCCCAAUAUUUGAAUACAUUACUCAAUGUAAGGUAAUUGCAACAGGGAAGGCGAAUGAACAUGACACAGCAGGAUGGUGGAUAGAAAAGAGAGGGGGAGAUUUAGUAAAUUGUUUCAUCGGAUGUCAAUGCAAUGCUUGUGCUCUGGGGAUCAGAUGAACGGGAUGGAUGAAGUGGUCCAGACAUCAGAGAAAAUAAUCAUUAAGGAUGGCAUGGCCAGCAGGUAUUCAUCUCCAAAUUUUGUGGGUGAGCAGCAUGUCAACAAUGCUCGCAUUGAGGAAGCUGAGUUGUCCCUCCAGGGGGGUGGUUCCCUUAACUAUGAGGAAGCAAGGGCAUUGCUUGGAAGGGUAGAAUACCAAAGAGGGCAUAUUGAAGAAGCACUUCGAGUGUUUGAUGGGAUAAAGAUAUCUACACUAAUUCCUGGGAUGAAAAGAUCAAUCUCUAGAAAAGUGGGGCAGCAGAAGCCCCAUUCACAUUCCAGCUCUCCGGUAAUGCCCUUCCAUGUUGUUACUAUACUAAUGGAGACUAUGUAUCUCAAAGCUAUAGCACUUCGUGAUCUUGGAAAGUUCGAAGAUGCUGCACGUGAGUGCAGUACAAUAUUGGACAUUGUUGAAUCUGCACUACCUGAGGGUUUACCAUCCAACUUUGGAAAUGACUGCAACUUGAAUGAAACAAUAUGCGGAGCAGUUGAGUUGCUUCCGGAGCUUUGGAAAUUAGGUGGUUUUCCUGUUGAAGCUAUCUCUUCAUAUAGGAGGGCUCUUGUUCGGAAUUGGAACCUUGAUGUAAAGAUCAUUGCUAGAGUACAGAAGGAAUUUGCUAUUUUUCUCCUAUACAGUGGCUGUGAAGCCUGCCCUCCGAAUCUUCAAUCUCAAUUGGAUGGUUUAUUUGUAACUCGGAACAAUUUGGAAGAAGCUAUUCUUCUUUUUUUGAUUCUGUUGAUGAAGUUCAAUCUUAAGAGGGUUGAGAGAGACCCAACUGUGAUGCAUCACCUAACUUUUGCACUGUCCGUGUCAGGUCAGUUGAAACCUCUAGUUUGUCAGUUUGAAGAACUAUUACCUGGUGUUCUAGACAAUAGAGAGUGGUUGUACAGUGUUGCUUUGUGCUACCUAGCAUCAGAAGAUGAUUUAACCGCACUGAAUCUGCUUAGAAGAGAAUUGAAGUCUGGAGAGGAUUCAAAUAGUCUCAAAGAACUUCUCCUGGCUUCAAAAAUUUGUGGUGAGAACAAUGAGCAUGCUGAAGGUGUUUUAUAUGCUCGCAGAGCCCUUGCCAAUCUAUAUGGAGGUUGUGACCAAAUGGAGGCUGUAGCGGACCUUUUGCUUGGCAUUUCCCUUUCCAAUCAAGCUAGAUAUGCUACAACUGAUACAGAGAGAGCUUCUCAGCAGCAUGAAGUAUUGGAGGUGCUUGGUAAUGCUGGAAAGAAGAUGCAUGGCAGAGAUUUUGGGAUAAUGUACAAUCUCAGCCUUGAAAAUGCUGUCCAGAGGAAAUUAGGUGCUGCAGCUCAUUUUGCCAAGAAGCUGUUGAAAUUAGAGGCUGGGUCAGAAUUGAAGACUUGGCUCCUUAUAGCUCGAAUAAUGAGUGCCCAAAAACGCUAUGAAGAUGCUGAAUGCAUUGUGGAUGCUGCGCUAGAUCAAGCUGGGAAGUGGUGUCAAGGAGAUCUGUUGCAAACCAAAGCCCAAAUUCAGAUUGCCCAGGGGCAAUUUAAGAAAGCAAUUGAUACGUAUACCCAGCUUCUUGCUGUGAUCCAACUUAGGACGACAAGUUUUGGUGCUGGGAUUUCUAUGUUGCAGGGCACUAAGGCUGAUAGAAGGCUGGAAGUAAAGACAUGGUAUGAUCUUGCCCUUUUGUACCAAAGAAUGCUGCAGUGGAAGGAUGCAGAACUUUGCAUAUCCAAGAUAAGAGCUAUCAGUCCAUAUUCCCCCAUGGCUUCUCAUGCUACAGAAGUUUACCAUGCAGGAAAGCUACAUGAAGCGAAAGGUUUUCUAAAGGAAGCUCUUCAAGCAUACUCAACAGCAUUAGACCUCGAACCUGAACAUGUACCCAGUUUGAUAUCAACUGCUACUGUUCUUCGACAGCUUGGUGAGAGGCUCGUGCCUUCUGUAAGAUGCUUCCUUACUGAUGCGCUGCGACUAGACAGAAUGAAUCAUGUUGCAUGGUUCAACCUUGGCUUACUCUAUGAAGAUGAAGGCGACAGUUCAGCACUUGAAGCUGCUGAAUGUUUUAGGGUCGCUGCUCUUCUUGAAGAAACUGCCCCAGCAGAACCUUUCAGAUGACACCAAUACUUUUGAGGGAAUGUCUAUGGUAUAGGCAACUUUGACACAUUUUUUUCAACUUUCUUGGAAAAAAAGAAGUUUUUUCCCCACUUCCUCAACUCCGACUUGUUGGAUGAGUAGUGGAUGGUGGAAAGUAGUGUAUGUAAAGUGCAUAUAAUAGAAACACAUGUACAACAGCUCCUCAGUUUUAUUUAUAUAACUAGACCUGAUAAAAUACCAGACCACACUUUUCUAGAUAUUAUCAACAUCUGUUCUUUA